ACCCUUGUUCAACGACUAAACCCUGGCCCAAAAAGCAGCUGUUAAGAAAGUUUGCGAGUUUCUUCCAAUUUGGUAUGGCUCCGACCUUCGUAUUUGAGCCGCCUAGCGAUGAAGAAGUGGAAGAGAUUGAAGCCGAAGAAGAUGAGCAAGACAUAGAAGAAGAAGGAGAAGAAGACGUAGAAGCAGAAGGAGGGUCAAAAACCACCCGUCGCCAUUCUCAAUCUCCAUGGGACUUCGGUUUGUACUCCGAAACUGUUGCCGAAGAACAUGCCCGUCGAAGCACCACCUCUGUGGAUUUCAAGAUCUCCAAAGCUAUCCAAGAACGCUCCUUCCCUGUUGAAAACCCUAACGACGACGAUGAAAGUAGCUCAGAGUCCGAACCUGAUAGACAAGAAGAUUAUAGGCCGGAAGAUGACGAUGAUGAGGUUAGCAAUGCCGGCGUGAGUAAGUCAUUCUUCGCGCCUUCUGAGGGAGCUUCUUUCCAUGCCAAUUCAUUCAUGGAACUCAAUUUGUCACGUCCUUUACUUCGGGCUUGUGAGGCUUUGGGAUAUACCAAACCUACACCUAUUCAGGCUGCUUGUAUACCGUUGGCAAUGGCUGGGCGUGAUAUAUGUGGGAGUGCAAUUACUGGUUCCGGGAAGACUGCCGCAUUUACAUUGCCGACUUUGGAAAGAUUACUGUUUCGCCCGAAACGUCAAUUGGCGAUAAGAGUCCUUAUUCUGACUCCAACCAGAGAGUUGGCCGUCCAGGUUCACAGCAUGAUUGAAAAACUUGCCCAGUUUACUGAUAUCAGAUGUUGCUUGAUUGUUGGAGGGCUUUCAACAAAGAUGCAAGAAGCAGCCUUGAGAUCGAUGCCAGAUAUUGUUGUGGCCACUCCAGGUCGCAUGAUAGACCAUUUACGCAAUUCUUUGUCAGUAGCUUUGGAAGAUCUUGCAGUACUCAUUCUUGAUGAAGCUGAUCGUCUUUUGGAGCUUGGGUUUAGUGCUGAAAUUCAUGAAUUGAUUCGUCUUUGUCCCAAACGGAGACAAACGAUGCUAUUUUCAGCUACAAUGACUGAAGAAGUUAAUGAGCUUGUCAAGCUUUCUUUGGCAAAACCCUUGCGCCUCUCUGCUGAUCCAUCUGCAAAACGACCAGCUACACUUACUGAAGAGGUAGUUAGAAUACGAAGAAUGCGUGAAGUAAACCAGGAAGCAGUUCUUCUUGCAUUGUGUUCAAAGACUUUUUCUUCCAAAGUGAUCAUCUUCAGUGGAACAAAGCAGGCUGCACAUAGAUUAAAGAUUUUAUUUGGAUUAGCUGGUUUUAAAGCUGCUGAGCUUCAUGGCAAUCUAACUCAAGUCCAACGUCUUGAUGCUUUGGAACUUUUCAGGAGGCAGGAAGUUGAUUAUUUAAUUGCAACUGAUGUGGCUGCACGUGGGCUCGACAUAAUUGGUGUUCAAACAGUUAUAAACUUUGCAUGUCCACGUGAUCUUACGAGCUAUGUUCAUCGAGUGGGUCGUACAGCAAGGGCUGGUAGAGAAGGUUAUGCUGUCACCUUUGUGACAGAUAAUGAUCGAUCUCUUUUAAAAGCUAUUGCAAAAAGAGCUGGUUCAAAGCUAAAGAGCCGAAUUGUUGCUGAGCAAUCAAUAAUUAAGUGGUCUCAGACAAUUGAACAAAUGGAAGAUCAAGUGGCUGCAAUUCUUCAAGAAAAGAGCGAAGAGAGAGCACUAAGAAAAGCUGAGAUGGAAGUAACAAAGGCAGAAAAUUUGAUUGCCCACAGGGAUGAAAUUUUUUCACGUCCCAAAAGGACAUGGUUUGUGACAGAAAAGGAGAAAAAACUUGCAGCAAAGGCAGCUAAGGCAUCUCUGGGAAAAGAAAAUAACUCUAAAACUGAGGUAAUCAGUGCACAACAAGCUGAAGACCUCAAAAUGAAGGAAAAGAGGAAGAGAGAGCGUGAGAAAAAUUUGCCCCGAAAGAAACGCAGAAAAUUGGAAGCAGCUAGAGAAAUGCUGGAGGAAGAAAAUCAAAGUGGAAAAUUGGAAGGUGGCGGAAAGCAAAAGAAGGAAAAGACUGGAAUGUCUCUUGUUGACCUGGCUUACAGACGGGCCAAAGCCGUGAAGGCUGUAAAGAAGGCAGCAGAUGCUGGCAAGAUUGUGAGGACAGCCAGCAAGAAAUCCAAUCAUUCCUCCAAAAGAACUCAAUCAAGGACAGAAGAAAUGCAGGAAUUGUUCCAGAGUGAUAUGAGCGAGAGGAAGCAGAAAAGAAACAGCAGUGGCACAGGAGGGAAGAAGUCUAAGAGUUCCUUUAAGAGCAAAUCUAGGUAUAAGCGCAGGUAGCAUGGUCAACUUGAUGAUUUCAAAUGCAGGUACUAAGGAAGAUUAACAGCUUAAGAGUAACUGAGAGUUAUUGUUGGGGAGUUCGGUAGUUUUGUAACAAAAACCUGCUCCUACUAGUUGAAUUCUUUCAAUGUAAUUUUUCUUCUUGAGCAAUUUAUUCUUUCAGACAAGUGAAUUUGCACUUAAAAAUUUUUGUAAUUCCAUAUAGAAAGCGCAUAAUGUUAAGGAAGAAAAUAGAGUUCUGCUUAUAGUAAUCUUAAAAUAUAUCCACAUUUAUUUUUAA